CUCCAUGAGGCUGACGAAAAUGAAUACCCGCCUCUCAAGGAAUUCGACGUAGCCCCCUCCUUGGCCAAUAUCACCCGUGGUUCACUGGAGGUCCCUUUCUACAACAGCGGAGCCACCAAGAUCCCUGUGGUUCUUGAAGGAAGCGCGUGCAUCGAGAUGGUAUGCCCCCAUAUACGAGGUGGGGGCGAGCAAGAGCGCAGUAGGCGGGGACAGAGAGCAAGAAGGCAGCCGAGAGAGCAAGAACAAGAAGAGAGAGAGAAGGGGCAAGGGCAGAAAAUAAAGUAUCAUAAGAUCCGGAGUCACCUGAUGCGUGGAGAUCUGUUCAUCGCCCCACCUUCUCACCCCAUCGCCAUUCUCGCUUCACAAGAGGAGAAUUUGCAGAUCAUUUGCUUUGAAAUCAAUGCUCGACGCAACGGCAAAUACUACUUAGCCGGAAAGAACAGCAUUUUGAACCAAAUAGAGAGAGCAACAAUGGAGGUGUCCUUCAUCGUGCCAUCGAGGGAGGGGGAGGAGAUGCUACGAGCCCAGCCCAAAUCUGUUUUUGUGGCCGGCCCCCGCCAACAGCAGGAGGGGAGAGAGGGGGAGGGCCAAGCUGUUGGUUAAAUCAAGAGAGAAACUAGAGAGGUAGUAGGAGAGAGAGGUGAGGAAGAGGCGGAUUUUGAAGAGUGCUGCAUGCAAUUUUGCUUGAAUGUUUAUGCUUGUAUAAUGUUACUAGGUACAUACAUAUGUAUGUGUAUGCAAAUUU